CGCUGCUGCUGGGCGCGGGCGCCGUGUACCUGUGGAGCCGGCAGCGGCGGCGCCGGGAGGCCGGGGGCCGAGGCGACGCGGGCGGUCUGAAGCGCCACAGUGAGCGGAAGACGCCGGAGGGCAGGGCCAGUCCGGCCCCGGGCAGCGGACACCCUGAAGGCCCCGGCGCUCACCUGGAAAUGAACUCUCUUGAUAGAGCCCAGGCAGCCAAGAACAAAGGCAACAAAUAUUUUAAAGCAGGAAAAUAUGAACAAGCUAUUCAGUGCUAUACCGAGGCUAUCAGCUUGUGCCCUACAGAGAAGAACGUUGACCUUUCCACGUUUUAUCAAAACAGAGCUGCUGCCUUUGAGCAGUUGCAAAAAUGGAAAGAGGUGGCACAAGAUUGUACAAAGGCUGUUGAACUUAAUCCCAAAUAUGUGAAAGCUCUCUUUAGACGUGCAAAAGCCCACGAGAAGCUAGACAAUAAGAAGGAAUGUUUAGAAGAUGUCACCGCUGUGUGUAUAUUAGAAGGGUUCCAAAAUCAACAGAGCAUGCUGUUAGCUGAUAAAGUUCUUAAACUUCUUGGAAAAGAGAAAGCCAAAGAAAAAUACAAGAAUCGUGAACCUCUGAUGCCAUCUCCACAGUUUAUUAAAUCUUACUUCAGUUCUUUCACGGAUGAUAUAAUUUCUCAGCCCAUGCUUAAAGGAGAGAAGUCUGAUGAAGAUAAAGACAAGGAAGGGGAGGCGUUAGAAGUAAAAGAAAAUUCUGGAUAUUUAAAGGCCAAACAGUAUAUGGAAGAAGAAAACUAUGAUAAAAUCAUAAGUGAAUGCUCAAAAGAAAUAGAUGCUCAAGGCAAAUACAUGGCAGAAGCAUUAUUACUACGAGCCACCUUCUACCUGCUUAUUGGCAAUGCCAAUGCGGCCAAACCAGAUUUAGAUAAGGUCAUCAGUUUGAAAGAUGCUAACGUGAAGCUUCGAGCAAAUGCUCUCAUCAAAAGAGGCAGCAUGUACAUGCAGCAGCAGCAGCCUCUGCUGUCCACUCAAGAUUUUAACAUGGCCGCCGACAUCGACCCUCAGAACGCAGAUGUGUAUCACCACCGAGGACAGCUGAAAAUACUGCUUGAUCAAGUUGAAGAAGCAGUGGCAGAUUUUGAUGAAUGUAUUAGAUUAAGACCUGAGUCUGCUCUGGCACAAGCUCAGAAAUGUUUUGCAUUGUAUCGCCAGGCAUAUACAGGAAACAAUUCUUCACAAAUCCAAGCAGCGAUGAAAGGUUUUGAAGAGGUCAUAAAGAAAUUUCCAAGGUGUGCUGAAGGCUAUGCCCUGUAUGCCCAGGCAUUAACAGAUCAACAACAGUUUGGUAAAGCUGAUGAAAUGUAUGAUAAAUGUAUUGAUUUGGAACCAGAUAAUGCCACAACAUAUGUUCAUAAAGGUUUACUUCAACUUCAGUGGAAGCAAGAUCUGGACAGAGGUUUGGAGCUUAUCAGCAAGGCCAUUGAAAUUGACAAUAAAUGUGAUUUUGCAUAUGAAACCAUGGGAACUAUUGAAGUGCAAAGAGGAAACAUGGAGAAAGCCAUUGACAUGUUCAACAAAGCUAUUAACCUGGCCAAAUCGGAGAUGGAGAUGGCUCAUCUGUACUCACUCUGUGAUGCCGCCCAUGCCCAGACAGAAGUUGCAAAGAAAUACGGAUUAAAACCACCAACAUUGUAAAACAGGGGGAAGGAAAAUGACCCUCUUUUUAGGAGAAGUUUACCCCUCUUCAACUGACCCUUAAGGACACUGUCAUGAACUGUGGUGACCGGUGGAACUUCGUAUUUCUGUGUGUGCUGUUGUGCGUCACGUCUGUGUCACGGUAGCUGUCGAAGGGGGUCUGCUGUGUCGCAGCCUCUGUUCCCUGUGCAACAAAAGCUUAGAAUCUGUUAAAGGGAUAGCAAAACAAAGCUGCAGGGUACACGUGAUAAUUGGCCAUGCAAAUAAAAACUCUGAUUUGUUGA